CAUCUUUCGGGGUCCUGGACUGUUUGCGUCACUUGUUGGUCCCUGUGUUGCGACCAUGGUCGUUGUCAGGUAUUCUCUGCGAAGCGGUUAUGGUCAUAGGAGGCUACUGAUGUCAUGGGAAUGGUGUUUUGCGCUUCCUUGUUUAUCCUGAUGUCUUCUACUAACGAGGGUUCAGGGCAUCCGACCUCACUCGCACCUCGAACCAUUAGCGCUAGGAUCCUUUGUUCCUGGGAGCCUGGUUCGUCCCGUCAGCUCAGUGCAUCCUGCCGUGGAUGGAACGAGCCUGUCGUACUCUCCGGAUAUAGCCCGUAUGAUGUUAUGUCCCUAGCUUAACUCCGUGAUACAAAAGCUCACAACUUACCCCGGCGAUAACAGUCAA